AAGAGAAGCAGAACAUAGCAGAGAAGGAAGAGGGAGAAGCUGAAAAGAGAAACGUCAAAACUGCAUCUGGACCUCAGUAGCCAGGCAGCGAGUCAGCUGGUUGCUGAGGGGAGUGGCUCUCUGCUCUGCAGCUUCCAGCUGAAUAGUAGUCAGUCAUCCAGUCAUCCAGCCUCUCAGUCAGUCAACAAGUCAGUCAGUCAGUCAGUCACUCGGUCGGUGGAUGUAGAUGCAGGGCUGCUGGUCAGCUGCUCUGGACGGCUUGUAUCUCCCUCAGGAUCUCACACUGUUGAAUCAGCUGAGAAGACACUGAGAGGUUUUUUGCGGGCAUCACUAUGACUGAUGGGGAUUAUGACUACCUUAUAAAGCUCCUGGCCCUGGGGGACUCCGGCGUGGGGAAGACCACCUUCUUGUACCGAUACACAGACAACAAGUUCAACCCCAAGUUCAUCACCACAGUCGGCAUCGACUUCAGGGAAAAGAGAGUGGUGUACACAGCGUCCAACCCCAAUGGGGCAACCACGGGGAAAACCUUCAAGGUUCACCUUCAGCUCUGGGACACGGCUGGACAGGAGAGGUUCCGCAGCCUGACAACGGCGUUCUUCAGGGACGCCAUGGGGUUCCUGCUGAUGUUUGAUCUCACCAGCCAGCAGAGCUUCCUCAAUGUCAGAAACUGGAUGAGCCAGCUACAAGCCAACGCCUACUGUGAGAAUCCAGAUAUAGUGUUGAUAGGAAACAAGGCGGAUCUGGCCGACCAGCGGGAGGUUCAGGAGAAACAGGCCAAGGAGCUGGCUGAUAAAUAUGGGAUUCCGUACUUUGAGACGAGUGCAGCGACCGGAGCGGAGGUGGACAAGGCGGUCAUCACUCUGCUGGACCUGGUCAUGAAGAGGAUGGAGCAGUGCGUCGACAAACCGCCCGCUGAGCCGGCCAACGGGAACGGGACAACAAAGCUCGCCGACGCGCAGCCCAAUGAGAAGAAAUGCGCAUGCUAGAUGAAGAAGGAAACGAGCAGUCGGCGCUCCACUGUCCGUCUGUCCCUUCUACUCGCAUCAUUCCCUCCUUCUUUUACCUUCUCCGUCAUCUUUGAUUGCAUGUGUCUUCAUCUUCUCCUGUUCUUUC